GAUAGUGUACAUGUAAUUGUUUUAAUGAAAACAUGCAGCUUGAAUGAGAUGCAGACCAGAGAACAAGGGUCUGAUUUGUGCAAGUUUGCUUCAGGCUAAGGGUUAACUUAAUACAAUCCUGAGGAACGGGGGUGCUGUUCGGCUUCUCAUAAUAAUUAUUGCUCUUACCCACAUGGUGUGAGCAGAAACUUACAUUGAAAUAUGAUUACAUUGCACAAGAUGAAUAAGGCACUUAAACAUAGGGUGUAGACGUAUAGCAUUGUGGUGCGUGACCUAAUGCGGGCAGGUGUAAUGAAGGAGGCAGACAAACCAAUCUGGUAUGACAUCAUGGCUGCAUUCCCACCUAGAGAUGCACCAACUCACCAUCGCGACUACAAGAAGGACUUUCUGCCAGAAAUUUUGUAUGAAGAGGAUGCUGUACGAGCGCAGUUUUACAAAGUCUAUGGCAAGCAGACAGCCAUUGAUUUGACCCAGCAUGAGCAAGUCAAGAUGUCUCCUUGCUACAGGUUUAUAAGCAAAUAUCAGGAAUUGAAGAAAGAAGGCACCAGACAGCCAGAGGAGUUAUUUGAAGCUGCAGUAGCAGCUUUGGCACAAGAGGGUCUCGUUCUCAGGAAGCAGAGCGAGAAGAGACCGCAGAAGACAAAGAAAGACGAAGAAAAACCAGACAGCAAGCAAGUGACCAAAGGUUUAGCGUUACUCCUUCAACAGGCCAUGGAAAAUGAGAAAAAACAAACAGAAAACCCCUCCUUCACAACAGAUAGGACUGUUCCAGAAGAUGAAACAAAUACAUGAUAUUAUUUUCAGAUAUGAUUUAUUUACUUUUUGUGCUGUAUUGUAGGUAGAGUUUCAGAGGUAGAGUUGAGAGAAAAAAAAAGGUGGUAUUCUCUUUGAAAGGCUGUAAGUACACCGUCAAUUAAGUGGAUUAGCAUUAAGGAAUGGCCAAGACUGGGUUAUAUGUUUGUUCAAUACUUUCUAUCCAAUCUUAAAGUUAUCUUAUUUAAAUAGAAGGUCAUUGAAUUUUGGCAGAGGAGUUGUCAUUAUUUUCACAUCCUUGCAAAAUUGAAGUCCCAAUAUCUUCACAAAUAAGUCCUGUGAUUAGAGUUUUUGAUUUCUUGGCCAUUCACAAAUAUGCCCCCAGCUCCUGAUCCAUUCCACUGCUGUUUACUGUUAAUAAACAAGUUUGAAAUCUUAAAAGGA